CUCUCAUAGCCUGGAAACUUUCACCAAAAGAAUUCUACAGGAUGACAAAAUCUUCUCUAUUCUCCUCUCUUCUUCUGAUUUUUGUUUUAAUCUCCUCUAGUACUUCCUCCAAGGCUUCAAUUUGCUCCAAAAAUGGAAUACCAUUAGUUAGGAACAUCAGUGAGCUUCCGCCGAGUGAUUAUGGGAGAGGAGGACUAUCACAUAUCACUGUUGCUGGUUCAGUUCUACACGGAAUGAAAGAGGUUGAGAUAUGGCUCCAAACAUUUUCUCCGGGAUCACGGACACCAAUCCACAGGCACUCUUGUGAAGAAGUGUUUGUGGUCUUAAAAGGGAGUGGUACGCUUCUUAUUGCCUCAAACUCACACGAGAAACAUCCUGGAAAGCCGCAAGAGUUUCGGAUAUUUUCGAAUAGUACAUUUCAUAUCCCCAUGAAUGAUGCUCAUCAGGUUUGGAAUACAAAUGCAAAUGAUGACUUGCAGGUUUUGGUUGUAAUAUCUCGUCCGCCUGUUAAAGUGUUAGUUACUCUUACACCCUGCCUAAGUUACCACUACGUAGGAUUGCAAUUCAUAACUCAGUUUUUGCUUCAAAAAAAAAAGAAAAGAAAAAAACUCAGUUUUAUAUUGUAGUUGCUCAUGUAACUUAUCAAUCAGUGAAGUAUUAUCCUCCAUAUUUUGGUCUGCAACUACUUCAAUUACCACAAUCUUGUAUUCUAGUGUUGAAUUCUCUUUCAGUCUUUUAUGAUUUUUUUGAUUGGAAAGUUUUAAAAUGUUCAAUUUUCUUAAAUGCUUUCUGUUACAAGAGCU